AGUGACUGGAAAACUACACAUUUGCAUAGCAUGUCACGUUUACUGUUUGUUACUUCUUAUAUAUUAUUUAUUUCAUUUCAAUGUGCAACAUCAAAAUUUGAUCAUGUACACAAAUCUUUAGAAGACUUGGAUAUAACUUAUCCCAAAAAUGUUUACAAUGAGAGAGGAUUGCGAGAAUGUCAACUAAAUGCAGCUUGCAGUAUUCUACAUCGACGUUUCUGGUUUAAGUUACGAGUGGAACGUAUAUGUCAAUGCUCUGCAUUUCAGGAAUGCCCAACACGUUGGAGUUAUGAUGGAUUAGAUAAUUUUACUAUGAUGAUAAACAAUCGUGCACAAAUGAAGUUCUGUCAUCCUGUCAAUGAACUCCCAGAGUGUGAACCAUCAGAAGAAGCACUGAUCAUCACCUCAAAUACAACAGUGAAUCCUGAUAAAUACAACAAAAGUCAAAGUGUAGAAGUGACUCACCAACAGGCAACUACUAAUUGCAAAUGUCAAUUUCCACACUACUGGAGACUACACAAUGUCACACAAGUGAAUAAAAAUAUUUCAAUCAGUAUCUACAUGUGUGAUGAGUACAAGAAAUGCAGAGCUAACGAAUUCUGUGGUCACAUCCGAGCAGAUUAUUUUUCAACUUAUUACCGGUGUUCUUGCCCUAUUGGAUAUCUUUGUCUCUUUGAAGAUUUAGAGAACAGAAAGUUAUUAAAUGCAACAGAAGUACUAUUUGAAGGACUGGCUUACCGAGGAGCAUGUAAAUUUAACAGAGCAAAACCAAUGUUAGAAAGAACUUCACAAACUUAAAUAUAAUCAAUAAUGAAUCUCUCAGUAAUUGUGCUACAAAAUAUUUGAAUACAACACAGGCACAAAGAUAGUAGUUGGUAUUUAUUCAAUACAGUAAGGAAAAUAUCUACAAUUGUACAUCUUUAUAAAAGUUCUCAAUAUACAGAAUGUCUGGGGAAGAAAUGUUGAAAAAUUCCGAUUGGCAAAGCCAGAGUAAGCACUCAAAAGUUGGUUUGAAAAAAUGUUUUCUAGGCAAAAAUUUGAAUUGCAG